AUGGAAGAGCACCAGAAAGCCAGAGACUCAGCUCCUGUAAUUGGGUUAGAGGCAGAGAAUCCCACUCGUAAGAAACACAGUCCAUACAGUUUCAUGGACAGCAGACGCUACUCUACACUUGUCAAGUCAGUUGUGUCCCACUGAGUCAGUGCUCAAAAUACCAAGAUCCUAAAGGAGCCAGAUGCUCAAAUCUACGGACAUGUGAGAAAAUCCCAAACACCCUCCUAACGACUGCCACCCAAAGUGUUUAAAAUGCUCCACCCGUUGCUUAACCGCAACAGGGCAUUUUAAUCUGGCGAAACUGAGCUUGGAUGUGUGAUCCAUAUCCUUCAGCAGACACUGUACCCGGAACGAAAGUUUUACCUGGAGAGGUGUAGGAGGAAGAUGAUCACUCAACUGGUAGAGGACGGCUUUAAGGAAUACAAUAUGAAUCUAUUCAGGCAAGGGAAGCUUUUCCACAUGACCGUGGGGAGUGUUUGCCCAUUGACAACAGAGGAGGCCCCAGGGGAAGACACAGCAGAUCCUGAGAAGGCACCAGAGGUUCCAGCAGAGGCAGAGGGGUACUUGGACAGUAUACACCAUGUGUUGGAGGACGUUAGGGGAGUGAGAGCCAUCGAGAGCCGUGUGCAGCAUGACAAACUAGGCUAUCUUUGAUUUGUGGACUGCGUUGCUUUCUACAGGUGA